CCUGUUCAUUCAACUGUGAGAGGCGUUCACGUGCAGAUUCCACGCAGGAAAUUUGUUUUCCCAGUAAUAUCCGACUGCACUUGAACGCAGCAGCAUCACCGGCAGCCAGCAGAGUGGAGGUGGAAGGUCAGAGGUCAAAACAAACGGCAAAACAAGGACCGAAUACAGAGGAAAAUGCCGUAAAAUGGUAGAUAAACAUUAGCAAAUGUUCAAAAACGACAUGCAGAGAGAUUUUUUUUUUUUUUUUGAGAAAUGAAAGUGAAAAAAAUAUGAAAAAAAUCAAACUUUCAGACUUUUUAAACGUCUUCCACUGACCGCUCUCCUGUUUUUUGGUUUGUUUCUGUUUUUUUUUUGCUUCUUUACUGAGUCCGAGAUAAACAUCUUGCAUCAGUUAAGCGUCUUUGACAGUUUUUUUUUUCUUCACUUUUUCACUUUUAUUUUGGCAGGAAAUGGUCUGACAAGUGUCACAGUUUGAACGCUGCACUUUUUUCCUUUAUUUGUUUGUUUAUUUGAAUUGAAUUGAAAUCUAUUUGAGAGGCCGGUCACUCGGGUCGGGUUCUGAUGUAGAGGCUUCAGUGAGCGCAGGAAACAGGAAGUGAACAGGAAGUGAACAGGAAGUGGAGGCGGCGAGAAAAAGAUGGAGGCUUUUGGGACGAUGGCGUGUCCCGACUGUUUCUGCUGCACACCAACAGAGAGCGACUCCUCUCCUGGACAGAGGGUUGUCUCCUCCAUCAGAGCUCUUCUCAGGUCUAAGGAGCCUCAGAUCUGCCUCGGCCUCAGGAUGACGGACGGGGCGAGCGAGCUUGGGGAGGUGAAGGUGUCCCGUCUGGAGAUGGAGGGAGAGAGAGACCGAGAGGACGGAGAGGAAACUCCUGAACACAAGUGUGUCGCCCUGUGUGACUCUCUCCACGGCUCCGUCCACGACAAGGAGAACAGCCCCAUGAUGAGAGCUGUGCUGUGGGGGGCGCUGUGUAAGCUCUACAGGUUCCAGACGGAGCAGCAGAGGUGGCUGCUGGUCCGAGAGCAGAUGGCCGAGACGCCGCUGUCCUUCAGCCUGCCCCGCCUGCUGCUGAGCACGCUCAUACACACACACAGGAGCAGGAUCCAGGAGCUGAAGGAGCUCAGCGCCCUCGCUCCGCACUGGGAGGGGCUUCGGCGUGAUGUCAUCGACCACUGCAGCCAGCUGAUUGGCUCUUACCAGGAGACGCUGACAGAGCUCGACAAACUCUCCGAGUCGAGUUUUAAGUCGAGCAGCAGCAAGUCAGACAGACACCUGCAGUUUGUUCCCACCAACCUGCACUCGCAGAGGAUGGAGGUCAGCAGCGCCGACGCUGCAGCUGUUUGGUAUGAGGUGAUCACAGUUGGAGCUCCAGCUGAUCACCACCAGGCCUUCAGACAUGGAGGACUGAAGCGGCUGCUGGCCAAACACGCCAGCCACUCAGACAGCUGCAGCUCGUUCUCCCCUCAGCAGGUCUGCAGGGCGAGGCAGCUGCUGCUCUGUGUGUCCCAGCUGCAGCCUCAGUUGUUCGGUCUGGCCGAGCAGCUGCUGGCCGUCUCUCUGGAGCUCAACGCCGCCCGCUUGCAGCAGAUCCUGGACGCCCUAAGACGCCAGACGGAGCAGUUCGUGCACGAGCUCAAAGACGAGCUGAUAAAAAGCGCCUUGUUGGCGGCGCACAAGUUUUGCCCCGCCCACUGCAACAACAGCCGCCACGGCAACGUCACUACGGGCAACGGGACGCUACGCGGUCGCUCGUCGACCAAUCAGGAGAGGCCGCCGUCUCCCGGGCAACAGCAGGGCGAUCGCUGCGAUGAGGAGUACGACGAGGAGGAGUGGGACAGAACGUGGGCGAACGUCGCCAAGAGCCUCAGCUGCAUUAUCGCCAUGGCCGACCGGCUGCGGGGGCGGGACGAAGGCUCACAGGAAGUGACAUCACCAGCGCAGCAGCAGCAGGAAGCAGCGAGCGACACAAACUCUCAGAACACCGCCUCCUCUUCCUCCUCUUCCUCCUCCUCCUCCUCUUCGUCGUCGUCGUCCUCCUCCUCCUCGUGGCAGGAGGAGCUGCUCCCCCUGGUGGUGACGCUGCGGGACUGCGUCAGGGAGGCGGUGGCGAAGGUGCGAACCGCCAUGACCUUCAUGGUCCUGCAGGGGGCGGCGGCCGCCACCGUGACCCAGGGGCCCGUGCAGCUCGUCCAGCGACGCCACGCGGUGUUCAGCCAGGCCCUCUCAGCCGUCGUGUGCGGAUUUGUCUUGAAGCUGAUUGGCUGCCUGGACGACGCCGACUUCCUGCAGCAGCUGCACACUGUGGGCGUGCUCGCUGAGUUCGAGGGGCUGCUGAGCACCUAUGGUGACGAGCUUGGCAUGCUCGAGGACAUGGAAGUGGGCGUGGCCGACCUGAGCAGCGUUGCGUUCACUGUCACCGAGGCCAAAUCCGACAAACCAGACGACCUGCUGCCAACACUCAGCGGAGACUGGGGCAGCCUGGUCGUCGAGGUCCCAUUGCCCCACGACACCUUCGCCUUGUUGCCGUGGGAACUGAGGGAGGAGCAUCUGAUCCGGCUUCACCCGGUUCUGUUCAACAUCGGCAUCAACCAGCAGCAGAGCCUGGCUGAGAGGUUCGGCGACAGCUCCCAGCAGGAGAGGCUGAACCAGCAGAGCGUCGAGCGGCUGAAGGUUUUCUGCAGCUCGCUCUCAGACGGCCUGCCGCAGCUCGCUGGCCUCCAGUCAGCCUCAGACUUGCUGUCGUCUCUCGAGCGCAGCGUUGAAACCAGGAAGAGGAAGAACGUGGAGGUUCUGUGGCUCGCUGCCAAGAUCUGCCGCAGGCUGAACGGGAUCCGGCUGACGAGCUGUAAGAGUGCGAAGGACCGCACGGCGAUGUCGGUGACGCUGGAGCAGUGUGUGUUACUGCGGGACAGACACACACUCAGCCCACAGCACUUCAGCAGAGCGCUCAACUGCAUGAGGAGGGAGGGCUGCAGGCUGGAGAACGUGCAGAAGAACGUCGGCAGCAGGAAGUUUGCCUUCAGCGGCGUGCAGCUGCUCACCUUCCCCAAACUGUACCGACCUCCAGACGGCAGCUACGGAUAGACAGACAGACAGACAGGCAGGCAGACAGACAGACAGGCAGGCAGACAGGCAGGCAGGCAGACAGGCAGGCAGGCAGACAGAUAGACAGACAGACAGACGGACAGACAGACAGAC